CACGAUUUCAUCUAUCACUUAAUUGAAUUUUGAGUGAUUGGAGUCUAGUUUGGCUCUCAUGACACUUAAACAUAAGAGAAAUAUAGUAAUCUCAUCAAAUCCUGCACUUUGGAGAUAUUUGAGACCUCUCACAUCCCGUAGAAAGCAGCUCCACGGGUGCGCGCGCAGGGCUAACCGUGUCCACGAGCUGACGCUAUUAACAACAAACGGAGGAUCCGUGAUACUAUCGGCGAUUGGUUAAACCUGCUCAAAUAUAAAACACAUAAAACCACAUUGUCAGCGGGGUUAAGGGAUGGAGUUCCCUGUAGAUGUAUUGGUGUCUGGCAGACAUGAGGACUUGGAAAGUUCAGCCCAGAGCUACAUGAACAAACUGCUCUACAGCAACCCAGAUAACACACAAUACCUUACCCUGCCCAACACGACAAAGAUCCAGAUCAGUCCUGCCAAUGUUGGGUUUGUUCCUCUUUAUGGAGCCAAUCUUAAACACAAAGUCCUGGCUCUGUUUGCUCCUGAGGACCAGUUCACAGCUGUGGCAUUGUUCUUGGCUGAUCAAUGGUACGCAGUGGAAGAUAUUCUCAGAACGUCAAAUACUGCAAGAGAAGGCCUUGUAAAGGUCAGAUCUGUGGGCGAGAGGAUUGUCUUGUAUGUGCUAAACCGCAUCAUUUACCGGACGGUGGAAAUGGGUUCUAAUGAGGUGCCAUUCCUCUGCCACGGAGAAGACGUCUUUGCCAAAAUCCUCUGGAAGAAUGGAGAGGCGGUGGGCUUCUACUCGGUCAAAUCUAAAGGUAGCUUGUGUAAUAGCUUUGUGAGCCAGUGCUACCUACUUCCUGUCAUGGACUCUAUUUUUGUGCGGAAAGAUCACCGUGGGAAUGGCCAUGGCUUGCAGAUGUUGGAGGACUUUGUGGACUCCUUUAAAGAUGACGAACUGGGCUUGAAAUACCCUUUAACACCAGCAAUGCAAACGGUAUGCAAACAGUACCUGAGCAGAUACCCGGCCGAUGUGGACCUGCUGUGGGAGGUGGAAGGAGUUGGAGGUCCCUACCAGAAAGUGAAAGUGGCAAGCAAACUUGGCUCCAUGACACUACAAUGCAACCACAGCUCAUGGGCAGCAGAAGAAAGCAAAAACGGAGAGGUUGGGGUUAAUGAGGUGGAGAUGACUGAGGACAGCUGCCUGGACAUCACGGAGGAUGUGGUGGUAGUCAACAAACAUCUCAAUGUGACCGAAGAAAUUAGUGAAUUGCCCAUUUCCACACGUACCCGGAGCAGCGAAUGCAGACAAAAGAAAAGGCCACGGGAAGAACCUGAAGAGAGUGCUGAGGAGAACCGACCUGAAAAAAUCAACAGAGUGGUUGAACCAGAAACAGAGACAGAACCUGAUGCUGUUGUGCCAGAGACUAAAGAACACAUGGAUGGAGAAAGUGGAGGUGGAGAAGAUGGAGCAGCACCCUCUGUCCAGGUGGAGGAGGCUAUAUCCAGUGAGGCCCCUGCAGACACAGUAAUUCUGGUGGCGGAAGUCAAGGGAGAAAUGACUGACAGUCAAGAAGAAGAGAAUGAGGGGUCAGCAGUCACAACAGAGGAUGCACAGGCCACCCAAGAGCUCCCUCUAGAGUCUGAACCUGUCAUUCAAAAUGGCACUGCUGAGGAGAUGGAGGCAGAGGGAGAAGCACAGGAUGACAUUAUUAACACCCCUGAAGAGUCUGAAGUAUUGGAGCAGAUCGACCAAGAACUUGUUACAGAGGAGAAACAGGAUGCAGAUGCAGAAGUUUCUUCUCCAGUUGAGGAGGAAGAGGAAGUGCAGCAGGAACAGGAAGAGGAAGUAGCUUCUGCAAUUGAGGAUGUAGCUUCAGUAGUUGAGGAAACCGAAGACACUGAUCAUCCACCAGUUGUUCCUGAGGCGCCAGUCAUUCCAGCCGACCUGGUUGAGUGUGUUUCCUCUGUGCAGGAUAGUGAUGCAGUAGAGGAAACAUCUCAUCCUGAGCAAGAAGCUCCAGAGGAGGAGACAUCUGCUUCUCCUAGUGCAGCAAGUGAAGAAGAAGUAAUUAUGGAGACAGAGGAGCCAGCUCUGAACCAACAAGAUGAGACUGCCUCCGAUGAGCCACCUGAGACCGAGGAAAGCCAACCUGCAACAGAGGACUCUGAAAAAGAAGAGCCAGGGGAAGAGAAUUUAGCUGAGACGGAUGAAAAAGAUGAAGAGGACACUGCCACCACUGAGGAUGAUGAUGAUGAUGACGAUUAUGAGGGGAAAAGCUCAGUCGAAACUCACGAUUCUCCUCCUGGGGUUCGAGUUCUUCGAGGAGGCAGGAUCAAACCCGUCCCGCCAACACCAAAGCGCACAUCCAGUAGACUGACCAAAGCAGUGGUCAUACAGGUGCUGGAUGAGGAUUUUGAUGAUGAUGAUGAAGAAGAGGAGGAGGAGGAAGAAAAGGUCAAAAGCACUGAAGAAGAGAAGAGGAGCACAGAGGAAGAUGAAGCUGCCGAACACAAUUCGGGAGAAGAGGAGCCGCCACCUGUGAUUGACAGGAGAGUUUUGCGGAGGAAAACCAAAGUGAUCCAGUCUACACCCACUAAAGCAAAAAGACGCAGUAAAAACUGAUUUCAUACAUUCUUCAUGACGGUCCAGUACACUCCAUUCAAAAAAACAUAGUAUGUUAAGUUAGUAGGCACUACUUGGUACACAUAUAUACCACGAUCUGUACUAGAAAGUAUUGAUUGUCUUUUAUACUUGGGUUAGGGUUAAUAACAGGCGGUGUUUACAACAUCUAGUUUUUGGUUUUGGUUCAGGUUUUGUUUUACAACUAAAAAAAGAAAGAAAAAAGGGCAGUAUUUCAUAAGCACAGUGCUUGAUAACAAUGCUGACUGCUCACAAUUAUAACUGUGAUUUUAAUCUCCUUUACUUUUGAUUUACCUGAUGCUUAUUGAAUGCAGCUUAAACUGCUUAUAAAAAAGCAGCUUAAAGCUUGUAAAUUUACAAUGUGAAAAUCUUAUAUUGGGAGUGCUGCUGUGGAUCCAGUUUCACCAUUAUCAUUUCAGAUUUUGUUCUCACAAAUGUUUUGAUUUCGAUUUUGUUUGACCUCACACAAUAAGGUUUUAAGGAGGUCCUUUCACAUUUGUAACAACUUUUCAGAUGAUAGUUUAUUAAAUUUAUUCUCAAAAUUACGUGAAUUAAGGCAUUGCUGUGCACGCCCAUACAUAUACACGUACAUAUACAUGUAUUCGCACAUAAAUAUGCAAGUAUGUUUAUACCUGAGGAAAGUGCAGGUUAAUAUAAAGUUUACACGAAGGCUAAUGUAUGGUUAAUUAUAUAUAUGGCGUUUAGCAUCCAAAACAGAUUUGCGUUUAAAUAUCUAAAUGUCUUAUUUUAAAAACCAACUCUAGAUUAUAUAUUGAUGAAAACUAGUUCAUAAAAUAUGAGUGGUUAAUCUUUAUAAUCACGGCCUUAAGUAGUUUAAUAUUAAGACUCGUGUUGACACCCAUUAGCAUUUUUCUCAUGGUUUGUCUCGUUGACAUUUUUCGUUCUGCGUAUCCUUGUUUUACCCCAUACACCCCAACCCCCAAAAACCUACAUGUUAUUAAAUAACGCAUAUAUAUGGUCUAAUCGUAUUUUGUUAAAACUGUGAAAUAAAUUGCUCACACGUUUCAGUUUUAGAGUUUUAAUGUGGGUGACCACAUGAGGGCGCACUUGGAUGUUAAAAAAAGCCAUUGCGGGAAUCUGUUAACACUCUUUCAAGACCGUUGUUUGUCUUCGCCGUUAUCUUAUUGUUGACACCUGAGGUCAGUGGCUUGCAUUUUUAUAUCAGGUGAAAAUAUUGAAAAGAACUUCAGAAAUGACCUUUUAUAUGUGUAUUCUUCCAGAUUUUCUCUCAACUGAAAGGAGUCAAAGUUCGUGCUUUUUGUUGACAGAAAAUCAAAUAAAAGUAGACAUUUUUGAGUGCUUUAAACUUUAUUUACUUAUUUUAGGUGUUUGAGCAAUAUUUUUCUGGAGUAGUUUUCUCAAACUGUUUUUUUCCUGUAGUAAAUACAUAAAUUUCUUGCAUAUUCCA